AUGGAAGACGAUCUUGACCAGAUUGUGCACAAGUGUGUCGCCAUGCUGAUGUCAAAUGACCCAGAGCUGAUCAUGCAAAGCGCUGAGUUACUGCAGGCCUUGAUGAAGGAGAGGGAAAGUAUGGAGAAAGUCGCCAGAGUCGUUCAGGAGAUUGCAGCAUACCGUGGUGGCGCUGUUUUGAACUUGAUCUGGAUGGGGACAUUAGGAAGAAAUCCCAGCAACACAGGCGGGGACAAAGCAUGCGAAUACUUCAUCGUCUGCACCGCAGCAUUUCAGGUCUUCACAUCAAGCAAGGCAGUCGUGGAGCGCUACUUGACAACAAUAGGGGCAAACGAGAGGGAGAGUGCUCGGGCAAUCUACGAGGCACUCUCUUCCCGGCCUUUGAGCACUGCGCAGGCUUUCAGCCGAGGAAAGAAGACCCUGCUGAUUGAAUCCUUCAUUAUCAGGCCUUUAGACUGCCUGGCAAACUUUGCAAAGGGCUCCAAGGUCUUCCGUGAUGUAAUCAAGGACUUUGCAGAACAGCGUUCCAUCUUCGAUACCUUCGGGACAUUUUUGUCGGCUGAAUUUCUGGGCGACCUAAGGGCUGAAGAUCAGUGGUCAGUGCGGGUCGCCCUAACCAGUCUUGCGGAAGCGCUUGCAUUUUCCAAUGACAGCCAGCUCUGGGCGCUAGACAAGGGCCUGCUUAAGCUGAUCUCAGCAAUUUACGAACACUCACCCUUGGAGGAUCUGAAAAACAAGUCGAAGCCUGCUCUCAAGCACAAGGCCAUCCCGGUGAUGCGCUGCACUGCGGUUCUCAUGUACUUGCUGGAGAGAGAGUCCACGCUAGAGAAGCUGCGUGCUCACAACGCCCUUGCAGGCUUCAAGCCCCACAGGCGCAAGAUCGAUGCUGCAAGCAUGAAUUGCUAUAAGUCCCAUGGUGGAAAGGUCAACGGCGCUACAAUUCUCGAAGGACGAUACUGGGGUUACAUGGAAGCUAAGUUGCAAGGCGUGCCGGUGACUCUGGCCCUGGGGAACGAAAGGAUUCCCCCGGGGUACUUGAGGAAACAAAUGCGGGGCAAAGAUGGAGGCAUGGACGUCCAGGUGGUGUGCUCAUGGAAACUGUGCACGGCAGGCGAAGAGCAGAUUGGUCGGAAAUUUGGCAAGUGCAGCGUUUGCCAAGUCGCCCGCUACUGCAGCAAGGAGCAUCAAAGCCUGCACUGGCGGACCCACAAAGUUCACUGUCGGGCCAAGGAUUCUGGCGGGUCCGUAGGGACGUCUGAAAGGGAAAGGCCUUCAGAAGGGGAGCAAUGA